AUGGCGAGCGCACUGCAACGUCUUUUCCGCAAACGUGCCAAGGCUCGACAGCAGGAGGCCCAAAGCAAAGAGGCGAACGCGCGCCGUUCGCACGCUCUCGAGGAUGCAUUCUCUUCAUCACCAGGCGGCGGUCUCAACCGCCCAUCUCCCGCCGAUCGGUCGUCCUCGCCUGCCUCUUCGCUCUACUCGGCGCCCCUCACGCCGCACUCGACCCGCACGGCGUCGACCGACUUUGUCCAUCACAAGAGCCACGUGCCCCUGAGUCCAGCGCUUACUGUGUCCAGCUUAGCCUCGCUUCGAAGUCCGGACUCGUCCUCCACCCAAGCCAUGACCGCACCCUUCAGUGGCUGGCUUUCAGGCCCCAGCAGGCCACGCGCUCACAGCUUCGAUGCCCUGUCAGCCUUCUCUGGCCAGAGCGGUCUCAGCAAGCAGCCAGGAUUCACACACGACGAGUUUGGACGCAUGUCCCUACAAGAGAGUCGAGCGGAUGAGACCAUGUACUCCUUCACGCACGCCUCGGACAACGAAGAGGAGGACGACUUUGAUGUCAAUCCAGUCUACACUGCACUCUCGGAGACACCAGUGCAUCAGCAGGAUUGGCGUGCUGCCAGGCUUGUCCUCCUGCCGCCAGCUUCCUUGCUUCGAGAAAUGAGCGUCCCAGUAGACUCAGAGCCUGCUUGGACCGCACUACAUGCGCUCAAGCCUUCACCUGUCUACCGCGACCAGUAUGUAAAUGUGCGAAGCUCUGAUCAGACCUCGCAGCGCACCACCCACAAGCGACCUGCGGAGGAUCUAGACCGUCGUGACGCCAAGGAUGCGAGAUCCUCCGCUCAGGAAGCCCCAAAUGUCCAUUUUCCGACUUUGUCCAGCGCUCGCUCAGAGUGGGACGAGUGCCAGGUCACGGCCACACUCGGAGAGGAUCGUCGAGUGUCGGUCUGCCUCGAUUGGCCUGACAGGCCUGCAAUCCAGUGCGUGGCGCGUGUCGUUAGCGAAGUGAGUGUCUACCGUACUCAGGCUGUCAGCGAAGGGCCGGAUGAGAGGCGCAACGAUGCCAGUUCUCCUGGUGGACCGACCUCGCCCCACGGCUUCGAGGUGCUCUCGCGAACAGUUCAGCCAUCUGCAGCGAAGCCAAAGGGCAAGCAGGAGAAGAUCCGCGUGCGAGUUUUGCUCCUGGACGGCUUGAUCGCUCCUAGAUCCUUGGACACGUGCGAUGUUGGCGGAGCAGCAGCUAGCCCGAUCGUCGACGAGACCAUGCAGGAUGCCAGCUCUAGCGCUCCCAUGUCGAGAGCACCAAGCUCAGCGGCCUCCAUCGUCUUUCCCUCCGCCGAACCUCAAUCGCCUACGGAUCUCAGCAGAGCGCCAAGCAUGGGUAGAUCGGUGUCGAUGCGUAGUGCCAGCACCUUGUUACAGGAACGCAUUCAGGCAGUGCUUCCCGAGCAGCCUAAUCUGGCUUGCGACUUGCUGCUGCUCAAGAGCCCGCCCAUGGACCUUCCCGAAACGCUGCGGAACGCCUUGAGCGCGGCGUUUACAGAGAUCCAAAGAAACGCCGACUCCUUUCGAAGCGCUUACGUGCUGGUUCGGGGCUUUGAGCAGUACGACGCAACGCGCGUUCGCCGAGGCGUCGUGCUUCCAGCAGUUCGACUUUUGGAUGGACCCACCGCCAGCUUGGGCUCUGCCCUACGACACAGGCUAGCUCUAGCCUGCGAGAAUGUGGCUUUUGGAAUCUUGCACAGCCGCCUGUAUCCAGCAGUGCGCGCAACACAGCGUGUCGAAGACGAGGCACUGGAUGCGUUGCUGCAUACCUACGCCAAGUCGGGCAAGCCAGCAGCAGUAUCCCUCGGAGUGACAGUGUCUAGUCUGCGAUCUCGACCCGCUCGACUAGAUCCUGCUGUGCGCAUCUUGGAAAGCAUUGGAACAGCGAACGAAGAAGCGGACAGGCUUAUGAGGCUAGACGCCUCUACGCUCCAAAGUGUAGCGCAAGGCUCGUCUCAGCGGGAAGGCGACUGGUCCGGCUGUACGCAGUCCUCGCAACGGGUACGGACGCCACUGGAUAUACUCGCGACGCUGGUCUCCAUUCUCAAAGCGAUUGGUGAGUCGGUGACCACGGCAGCACGAACAAGCAGCCACUCGAGCUUGGGCAGCAUGCUCGAUUCGCACGAAUCACGACCCCUGGGCGCCGACGAAUUGCUACCGAUCGUCGCUACUGUCAUUGUGCGAGCACGUCCUGCGGCUCUCGGUAGCGCACUGUUGUAUGCACGAACAUUUGGCAUCGACAACUCCACGAAUGCUGAGACGAGGUGAGUCAUCGUGGCAAUGGCUGCUCUGUUGGCGUCCAAAGAUCUUCUGACCUCUCCAUGUUUUUGCUUCUCAGUUGGGCUUUAACCACCUUUGAAGCCGUGCUGGAAUGGUUGCGAGCCGACCCACUUCGUUUGAGAGGUGGACCACGCGGGCCUCAGGAGGUGGUUCCUGCUCCACCAACGUCUCUUGACGGUCAAGAGAUUGGCAUUCCUCCUUCCAGACGUGCGGGCGCUUCUGACUCGGAAGUGCCGCAGAUUGACGACGUGGCGCGUAGUCGGCGAACAUCGUUGCCAUCGGAUGUUCUGCUGAUGGCGCGCAGCAACUGUGCAAUGAUGCGCUCAACGAGCUCUUUCUCGGAGCGUGACACAGCGAGCAGGCCGACUUCGCCCGAGGAUGAGGCAACGGGCAACGAUAGCUUCAAAAUGCCUGGCCGGCCCGCGUCGGCGACGUUCAAUCAAUCCCUAUCGCGACAUCACAGUCGAGUAAAGCGUCCUCAGAGCGUGCUAGGAGUCUUGGGCGAAGACACGGCCUUUGCUGGUUGCGGAGCGCGUAGUUCGGCAGAGCCAGAUUCUCACCUGGCCGCGAGCGAUUCUGCACCCAUCCCGUCGCACCCGAAUCUCCAUAUACGCCCGCAGAUCGUGACGCGAAGGCGGCCGACAGCCUCGGCUGCGUCGACUUCGAGUGGAAGGGCCGAAAGAGCCUCUGCGCUCGAAAGAAGUGCCGUGAUCGGUGCAUCGUUUUCGGACAUGCCCGUGCGCGUAGUUGGUUGCGAGGCUUCCUUGAGCUCGCCGACAUCGUCAGGCAUGACUCGAGGCGGCAGUGAAGAUCUUACAACGAUGGCAAAUCCUGGCCAUGUCAGACCGGACGGCGGACGAAGAAAGAGCAUGGAUUCGUGGUCCGCCCUGUCCAUGUUUUAUCGAGCACCAUCAGAGGAGAGGUCACGCCCGGAAUCCGCCACACAACAUGCUAAGGAUCAAAAUAGGAAGGCUUCAGUUCGUAGUCUCAGCCCUGCUGCAUCUUCGGUGUCCGAGGAAGGCGACGUGUGGAAGGCGCCUCCCUCACAAAGUGGUGCAUGGCUUCCGACAUGGUCCGAUUUUAGCACUAGUGGUCGCAAAAGGGCGAGCUUUUCGGCAGGGACAUUAAGCGCGACGAUGCAGAGCACUAGUCCGUCUGCGAGUGCCGUGAGCACAGAUGGAAUCAGCCCGAGCGGAACCUUUAGCACGCUACCUCGGUCGAACUCGGGCAGCGGGUUUGCAGCCUUGUGCGGCGAAAGUCCACGCUCCAUCUCGUCUGCGCGCUUCACAGAUACCGCAACAGCAGCAACUGGCCCCGCAGUGCCCACCUUGCAAGCCUGGCCUCACCGACCCUCUUCCAUCAAGCGCACUGCGUCGUCCAUCUCAGCACAGACCCAGGUAGUACCCGAUCAGUCGACUGCAUCAAUCUGCGACUCGGGCUCGGAGGCUAGCUCCCUCAAAUCGUCUCGCGGAUCACAAGGUGUCCGAGCAUUCGAAACCAGUGCAUUGGAGCGACGUCGACGCUUGUCUCGAUUGAUGUCUCCCUCGCUUUCUGCUUCGGCCUCGCCUGCCAUGCAGCCUAGCCUGGCGGUCGACUUCUCAGCCUCCGGUGACUUCACGCCGGCGCGCCCGUUCGCCGAGGAAAGAAUGCCCGUCUCCAAUACCCACGCACCGGCACCUGAAUUUGCUGCUUUUCGAGCCGCUUUGGCCGCUUCGUUCGGCUCGCGAAGCCCGCCGUCUUCUUCUUCCUCUGCCCAAGGCGAGACUGGCGAUCGACACUCUCGCAGACGCGUAAGCUUCAGUGACAGCACCACCCCAGGCAGCAGUGGGCGUUUGCACGCGGCCAUCGCCUCGGAUGCAAGCUCCUCGCAUAGUCAGCGUGAUUCGUACUUUCCGCAAUUGCGAAUCCACGUGCCUUCGCCAGUGCAGGAGCUGGCUGAUCCGAUCAGCAGCGCGACCAUAAGCAGUGGGGCCCAUCCUGGCGAGUCUCUUUCACCACCCGCAGCUGCAUCGCGCGGCUCGCGCCAAACGGAAGCUGUGAGGCAAGGCGCGGAUCACACGCAGCUCGCGAGGCAUGUGCUGCCCGCCCCAAAAGCGCUCUCGGCUUCCAGAUGA